CAGACAAGUUAAAGAAAUAUAACAUUGAUAAAAAGCUUAUGUUCAGUUUAAACAGUCGAGUUAAAUCAAGCUGAGUAAUCAUGGCAGGAAGUGGAUUCGAUCCCUGUGAAUGUGUUUGCUUGCAUGAGCAUGCCAUGAGAACGCUGAUCAAUCUGUUGAGGCAGUCCCAGUCCUACUGCACAGACACAGAAUGUCUCCAGGAAUUACCAGGACCUUCUGGUGAUAAGGGCAUCAGUAUUACUAGGAGCUUGAUAGCCUGGGUGGUUAUUGCAGUGACCUUGUUCUUACUGAGAUCUUCUAAUCUAAGAGGAUUGAACCUACCUGGAAAGCCAAUGAGUGUUCAUAAUGGACAAGAUGCACGAGCCCCUUGUGUGGACUUUGUGACAUGAGAAGUGAAAAUAGUUAAAUACCUUGCACGACCAAAUGAAUGAAGAUGACUAGAAGACUCUUAAUCCAAUUAUAACUGUUUUUCCUUUUGCAUCUGCAAUAUGGGAUGAUAUCGUUUUCAUGAGCUUCUAGAAAUUUAACUUGCAAGGUUAUUUUUGCUCCCUAUGUUUCACCAUUCCUAUUUACAGUAUAUUUGAGUAAAUAAUUUUUAAAAA